UCCCGGGCAGCAGCAUCCCGGGGAAGGGCGGGACGAGCUGAGCGCGGCGCAGGGGGAUGCAUUCCUCCGGCCCCUUUCCCGUGUUAGGCGGGAGGCCGGUUCCGUUCGGGACCUCUUCCUGACCCGCCAGCCCCGCCGAGGGAUGCAGGUGACUCGGGCAUCCUCCCAGCCAAAGUUGCCGCAGCGGGGCCGAACCGCCCCGGUCCGGUGAGCGCAGGGGUCUUACCCGCAGCCUCUGCCCCUCGGGGCACCCUGGGCCGCGGCCUCGCUCCCCUCCUGGAGCUCCGGCUGCAGCAGCUCCUGCGGGGGAUGGCGAAGUCUGUAUAUGUGGCUUGUCAGUCCAUGCUUAUUGUGCUUGUGGGAGCUGUGCCUGAGUAUCAUAUAGACCAAGUUGGACUUCCAGCAAGCAGAGCUGAGCUUGCCAAGCACAUCCAUUUUGCAGACAACUUCACGUCUAUAGUAACUGAGUGGUACCUGAUUGAACAAGAAGCCUAUAAAGUGAGCCUUGCAUCAUCCCUAUUUUUUGCUGGAUUGCUUAUUGGAAAUAUCACAUUUGGCCCUUUGUCAGAUAAGCUGGGCAGGAAACCAGUGUAUAUCUCGGGUCUAUUUUUUGAUGUUGUUUUUGGGUAUGUCACAGCACUAGCUCCAAAUUAUGACAUAUUUGCAGUUUCACGUUUUUUUGUUGGAAUCGUGAAUGGUGGAAUGGCUCUUGUGUCUUUUGUCCUAACCCAAGAAUAUGUAGGAAAAUCAUUUUGGUCAUUUACAGGUUCAUUGACUAAUUUGACAUUUGCAGUUGGCAUUGCUGUUUAUGCUUUACUGGGUUACUGGGUAAGAGAAUGGCGCUCCCUGGCCUUGGUGUCCAAUACUCCAGGAGUCAUCUUCCUCCUUCUCUCUUUUAUGCUCCCAGAAUCACCACGGUGGUUGUAUUCCCAAGGGAAAAUGGCAGAAGCUGAAGACGUGUUGCAGUAUAUUGCCCUUGGUAAUGGAAAAGAGAGGCUGGAUCUGAAAUUAAAACCAAGUGCAGGAACUUUGAGGAAGGAUGAAUCAGCACCUGGUAUCCUAAGCUUAGUAAAACAGCCAGUCCUGUGGUGGCGAACCAUCAUACUGAUGUACAUCUGGUAUGUCUGCAGCGUUGUGUACUAUGGUCUAACUUUAAAUGCUGGUGAAUUAAGAGGAAAUCUCUAUUUAAAUGUGGCUCUUUCAGGUCUUGUAGAAGUUCCAGCAUUUCCCCUCUGCAUGUUUUUUAUUGAGAAAUCCUGGUCUGGAAGACGUAAAACUAUGGCAUGUUUUCUGAUAUUUGCAGGAUCUGCCUGCAUAUUUACCACGUUUUCACCAAACAAUGCUGGUCUGCUCUUCAGCCCCACAUGGUUAGCAUUGUGUGGAAAAAUGAUGGUCAGCGCUGCUUUCAACAUUCUGUAUAUUUAUACAUCUGAACUAUACCCAACAGUACUGAGAAAUGCUGGUUUGGGUGUCUGUUCCAUGUCUUGCAGAUUUGGGGGCAUUUUGGCACCAUUUGUACCCUCUAUGAAAUCUCUUAGUCCUUCUGUACCAUUCAUGGUGUUUGGAAUCAGUGGACUGUCAGCAGGAUUCCUGACUCUUCUUCUGCCAGAAACACUGAACAAGCCUAUUGCUGAGAGCAUUGAAGAUCUCCAGAGUCCCAAAUACCAAGUGCUUAAAAAUGAAGAGGCAGCAGAGCAAACGAAUUAGAAGAAAACACAUUUCAGAAGGCCUGUCUGGUGGAAAACAAAGCCUUCACUGGGAAGGUGCAAUUGCAGUUGAAGGGCAGAGUCUUGCCUUGUAUAGCUGGCUGGAAAUGUUGGAGGACUCGUGUAUAGUGCUGUUUAUAACAUGUCGAGCAGUUUUAUGUGGAGGCAAAUUGAGAAGAUGGAAAAAGUUGAUGAAAGUUUACGAGAAAAGAGGUGUCAAAUCUGGGCAUUAUUUUAAUGACUUAAAAGCAUACGUUGGAUGUUUGGACAUUAUUAAUUUAUUUUACGAAAUGUAAUUGAUAGCUUCAGAUUAAACUAUGAUGUUGUAAUUGAAAUUAUGUGUAUAAUGUAAAAAUUAGAUGACCUUAUAUGUUCAGGUAAGCUGUAACUGUGAGAAGUAACAGCAGCCUGUAUAUGCUAAUUUUCUCUACAGGUUUUUUGCCUCCAAAUUGCAGUAUACCUCACACUAUGAAGAGACCAAAGAUUUGUAUGGUUUAUUUGCCUUAGUAUAUCUAGCAUAUGAAACCUGAACAGGAGAUAAAAAAGGAGAAUAAAUGGAUUUUAUUGUGGGAGUAAGUAAUUUUUAAAACUAGUUUUACAUUAAAACAUAUGUAAAGUUAAAAAUAGUACUAGAUUGGAAGAAUUAUCAGGCCUUUUAAGAGUUGCAUUUAAAAGAGAGGACACAUAACAUUUUAGACAAAGGUUAUGGACUUCUUCCUGUACCUGGGGAAGAAGUAGUUAUUGAACCUGAGUCAUGUUAUAUCAUAUAUAUGUAAUACUAUGUCAUCCAAUGCAUUUCAUGUAUGAAUUGGAAAUUCUUCCUGUGGAGGAGGGUGAUGAUGUUUGGUUAACACUUAAUAUAUUUAAUAGAAUAGAUGCUUUAAAAAUGUUGC